AUGGUGCGCCCCUACCGGAUCCGGCAGCUGCUGCUGCCGCCGCCGCCGUCAGGGGUGCCGGCGUGGGGGGGUCUGCGGGCGCGGGGCGGGGGGGGGGGGGGAGUGCCGCCGCCCAGGCCCCUCUCCUACAGCCGAGCGCCGCCGCGCAGGCACCUCCCCUGGGCGCGGAGGGGAGCGCCCCUCUCCUGCAGCCUAGCGCUGCCGCGCAAGCACCUCCCAUGCAGCAGGGCACUGCCUCGCAGGCGCUGCAGCUGCAGCCUGGGACGCAGCGGCCCACAGCCGAGGCUGCCGCAGCUACGGCCGCCGCCCAGAGCGCCCUUGCUGCUGCCCGGCGCGCCGCCGUCGUCGAUCCGGCCGUCCUACGGGCCGCGGUACAGCUGCUGCAGGCCACGGGCGCCGAUCCAGCCGCCCUGCAGGCCGCGCUGCCGCUGCUGUAGGAUCCCAACGCCGCCCGCCGGGCCGCCAUCGCCGAGGGCAAGCAGCCCGCCGCCGACGCCGCGCCUGAUGCCGCAUGGACCGGGCUCGGGAUGUCGCCCGAGGAUGCGCCGCUCUCUGCCGUCACCUUCCGCGGGCCGCAGGCCGACGCCGCACUCGCCGCGGCCCUCCUCGCCGCCAAGUCCGAGGCUUCGGCGGCCCAAGAGCGGCUCCGCGCGGCUGCUCUCGCCUGGGAGCACGAGCGCGCCGCGGCCGACGCCUCCGCUCUCCGGGUCGCCGAGGCGGAGCACCUCUUCCGCGUGUCCUCCGGCCAGCACGCCGUUCCCGAGCCCGGCGCUUCUUCCUCCCGCCAAGCCCCGCCCGCUGGUUCUGGAGCCCGGUACGACCCGACCGACCCCAUGGUCGUCCAGCUCUACCUCUAGGCCGCCGGCGUCCAGAACAUCAGGGCCCUAG